AUGGUACAUGAAGACGAUGAUGGUAAUGCACCUCAAGAAAGGAAGAAAAGUUGGAAUUCUUUGAGACGACAUAAUUUUGGCAACAAGACCCAUCGUUAUCAACAUGGUGGAUAUGAGCUUCAGCCUCCACACCUCCUGAAGGAUGAUGGAAACAUGGAGAUGAGGGGAGUCCAGAGGUACCCAGUCAGACAGAGUGAAGUGGAGAAGAAGAUAGAAGCUCAAACCCUGAGGAGUUGGUUCAAGGUCACAAUUCCCUAUGGAAGAAAGUAUGACAGGACAUGGCUAAUGGAUUCUAUCCAGAACCACUGCAGUGUCCCCUUCACUCCAGUGGACUUCCACUACGUGCAAAACAAGGCCCGGUUCUUUGUUCAGGAUGCUUGCACUGCUUCUGCAUUGGAGGAUGUCAGCAACAAGAUUUAUGAUGAGGAGAACCAAAAGGUAUGUAUAGCUAUCUCUGUCAGUACUUCUGAUGUACCCUACUCUGUGCGGGAUAAGUUGGAGCCAGAAAUAAUGGAACAGCUAGAGCUGGCCAUGUACAAACGAUAUGAUGUCUCUCAGAAAGCUCUUGAUCUCCAGUGGCUCCGCUAUGACUCAGACUUGGUGGACCAUGGUGUUGAUAUAAUCCUGAACAGAAGAAACUGCAUGGCUGCCACCCUGCAGAUCAUUGCAAUGGACUUCCCUGAGCUGUUGUCUCUGAACUUGAACAACAACAGACUGUGCCAGCUGGAUGGCCUGUCUGAUAUUGUACAGAUGGUACCCACAGUCAAGAUUUUGAACCUUUCCAAAAAUGAGCUUAACUCUACCUGGGAGUUGUGCAAAAUCAAAGGCCUGCAACUGGAAGAUCUGUGGCUGGAAGAUAACCCUCUGUGCAGCACCUUUCCAGACCAGUCCACUUACAUAAGCGCCAUCAGGACAUGUUUCCCCAAGUUGUUACGCUUGGAUGGACAUGAUUUAUACCCACCAAUUAUCAUUGACAUUGACAGACCCUACUUAAUAAAGCCUUUAAUAAAGGAUAACUAUAAAGGAUCUGAUGCUCUGAAGAAUCAAGUCCUGCAUUUCCUGCAGCAAUAUUACUUUAUCUAUGACUUUGGAGACAGACGGAAUCUCCUCAGUGCUUAUCACAAUGAGGCCUGCUUCUCUCUGACUGUUCCCUACAUCCCAGACAACCCAGCCCCAUACAGCUUGUUUCAGUACUUCAAGAAUAACAGGAAUUUGAGGAACCUCCAGGACCCCAACCCCAGUGCGUAUCCGCCUUGUCAGCUGCUGAAAUAUACAAAACAUGACAUUGUGAGCACCCUCUGUAUGUUUCCCAAAACACAGCAUGACCUCAACUCCUUUAUCGUGAACAUUUGGUUCCAGUCAGAAAGCAUCCUCCUGUUCUUCUUUCGUGUCCAUGGGAUAUUCAAGGAAGGAGAAGGAGAGUUUCAGAAUUCUAUGUGUGCCUUCACCCGGACCUGCAUCGCUACCCCUGCCAACAAUUUCAGCCUAUGUAUCAUAAAUGAGGAAUUGUUUGUGAGGGAUAUCACUCCCAACAAGACUCAGAAUGCAUUUUCCACCCAAGUGCCCACACCUCCCUUCAUCACUGGGCCCACCUUCUCUCAGGAGAGGCAGAGAAUGGAACAAGUCUUCUCCACCCCAUCUGGGAUGAGCUUCUAGUGGUC